UCGAUCAAGACCCUAAAUCAAGCAACGAAACGAUGGAAGGCGGGCCUCCAGACUCUCACGAGGCCAUGAACAAUCGAGAGGAAAUCCUGCCGAAGAUCCGCGAGAAAAGAAGCUAUGAAUUCCUGAUGGGACUGAUUAAUAACAAUUCCAGAUACGAAGUCACGAAAGUGGAAUCGGAGAUUUCCACGCAAAAAAGUACUGACAUCUCGGAGAAAAACGUUGGUGCUAGCGAAAUCCUGUUGGAGCUCAUGGUGAGAAUUGCAGCCCAUCCUGACCAAUGGAACAGAGUUCAUAAAUUGUUACAAAGUAUCGACCAAGACUUGGUAUCAUCCAAGAACGUCUUCGACAAAUUGAAGAACUCAAUGAAACAACAAACUCACGCAAACGUCAGUAGUUUGAAGGAUGAUGAUAUUCUUGAAGAGAAUGUUCACUAUCAACGGAACGAAAGCAAGCCUAAAAGCGAUCACAAUAACACCAAGAAAUUCGAAAGAGAUUAUGACAGAAAGAACAACAGGUGGCCUACUUUCGAUGACGGAAGCGCUAGUGUCAAGUUUGUAAAUAGCAACGAUACCAAAGUCAAUGGGAGCAGAGCUGCUAAGACUUCCUGGCUAAGUAAACCUAAUAGACCAACAUAUCCGAAGAAUUUCGCAUAUCACAGAGUUACAGGGAAACCCAUCAGCUUGAAUCAGAGUCCCAAAGCAUAUAUCGCAGUUUCGGUGAUAGCUCCGAAACCGGCGAAUACGAGGUCUAAUCAAGAAGACAUCACUUUGGAAAACGAGUUGAGACAGCUGAAACCUUGGACGCACAAUCAAAACCUGCAAAAUAUGGCGUCCAUCAGAUCAAGAUGGGUCAUAGAGACCGAAAAAGAUAAAAAAUCUACGUUAUAGAAAAUUAUUCCUUCAUUAUGUUUUCGUACACUGAGUAAAGGUUGACCACUGAUUUUCUCAAGGUGAAAAAAAAUAUUGGAUGAUUGUUUUUUAGUUGUUAAAUACCUGAAAUCUAGACCAACUUAGUAGAUUUUUAGGUUAGGACAUGGUAAAUUUCUGAGUAUUUUCUCAUGAAAAUCUUGGUCGGCAGUUGUUCGGUGACUUUGUUGAGUUUGAUUCAUAUUUGCUUUGAAAUCAUCAAAAUAUUUAGUGAUAUAGGUACCAAUAAUACCUACUUUAUGAACGUUGGUGGAUUGAAAAUCACGGGAAAUUUCAACGCGAAAGAUUAACACAGUGAAGUGAGUAUAUUUAUCACUAAAAUUUUUCUCUUUUUAUUGUGCGGGUAAGUUUUCCAAUAAACGUCAAAGAGAGAUUUGUGAUAAAUUCAAAAUAGAUUUUUACUGUGAAAUAUGGUUCAUUUAAUUUCUGGAGGAGUCAGAUUUUCAUUUUUUUUGAUAAGCAAUAUAAUUGAAUACAACAACAUUAACUAAAAACUACGCCAAUUUUUAUUUUUGUAAAAUUGUGGGGAGUGUGAAUUUCCGAAAAGGGCGGUAAAAAUCUAACUUCCUCCGAGCAAAAAAGUAACUUUUUUUCCGAUUGGCGUGAAUGUAAGGCUAGGCGUUGAAAAAUAACGUUUUCUCUUUGAAAAUAUUAUCCCGCAUAAGCACCCGAACAAAAAAUAAAUUGGCUGUUAG